AUGACCACUUUCGAGUCAUCAACAGGCAUGCCACUGGAUGCCGCUACCUUGAUGUCAACAAUUCUGGAAGGCAUUUUAUAUGGCUUUUCACUCCUUAUGUUUAUUGGUACCAUGUGGAUAUUCACCUACAAACGUCGCAUGCGGGACACCAAUUGGCCUACCAUUGCGGUUGCCACCCUGCUGUUCCUACUGAGUACUGCGCACAUGGUUGUAGGUAUUAUUUAUGUUGAAAAUGGGCUGGUGAGUUAUCGCGACACGUUUCCGGGCGGUCCAGUGGCAUACUUUGCGGACCUUCUCCAAGGAUUGUUUGUGGUGAAGAAUGCGAUACUCGUCUUGCAAACUCUCCUCGGCGACGGAGUAGUGAUAUAUCGAUGUUACGUUGUUUGGCAAUCUGUCCGGAUUAUUAUCCUACCAUGCAUAAUGUGGUGCGGUGUUGCAGUUUUUGGUGUCUGUAUGGUCUACAGCAUGUCCCAACCGCAGGUUAACGAUUCCACGAAUUUUUUCCUGGACGCGACCACACAAUGGAUCACGACAUUCAUUUCCUUCACAAUCGCAACUAAUUUGUUGAGUUCAGGGUUAUUGGCAUAUCGCGUCUGGACUAUCGAACGCAGAGUCUCUACAUCUCGCACCACGAAAAACAAGAUACCCAUAUUGCGCGUGUUUGUGGAUGCCGCUGUUUUGUACUCUGCGGCGGUGUGCUCUUCGCUCAUCUCUUUUGUAUGCUCGAGCAGUGGGAUGUAUGUUAUGGCAGACCUGGUCAUCCCAAUCAUUCCGAUUGCCUUCUAUAUGGUGUUUAUUCGCAUCGCGAUGAGUCAGAACACCUUUGCACACCAUCAGAUUACACAGGAAGAGCAGCAAUAUUUCCUUACCUGA